UAGUGAGGCGGGGGGGGGGAGCCCAGCGGUGUCCUGCCCCCGCCUUCGAUGCAGCCCCCGGGCACUGAAGCCCCUCCAGCAGCAGAGCCACCCGGGUCGCGCCUGCGCCUUCGGGGCCUGGAGCGGCAAGCGGGGCCUUUGGGCAGCGGCCGGCUUUUGUCCCCUGCAGCAGGAGGCAGCAUCUGCCCGGCCGGCUACUCCUCCUCGCCCGGUGGCCAAACAAGCCCGGCUCUGGCGAGGAGGAGGCGGCGGCAGGCGACCGCGCGGACCGCUUUCUCUCCGGCGCGCAGCGGGAGCCGCCCUCCUCCCCAGUCCCCCCUUCUCAAGCCAAGAUCGGGCCAUUGGGCUUCCCCCGCAGCUUAGCCGCCUUGCAGAGAGAGAAAAGACCUAUAAAUGCCCCAUAAAAGGCGUCUUUCUUUCCCAAAGCGGCCCCUUUGUCUGGCUUUCUCCUCCGUAGGGUCUGGCUCUGUCUGUCUGCCGCCCCUUUGGCUCCUUCCCUCUGCCCUUGGGAUGCUUUCUUGGACCUGCUGCUGCUGCUGCUGCUGCCUGAACCGGGGGCCAUGCCUUGCUAGGGACCCAGCCCUCUAAACUGCCAUGUCUUCCUCCGCCUUGUUUUGCCUCUAGUCCCUUGAAGAAAGCAGCUGGCAGUGGAGGAGGAGGAGGAGGUGCUGGGCUCUAAAGCGGCCUCCAAAGCUAACCUUGGAUGGAUGCAGGGAUGCCAGGUGGCAAGGUGGACGCUGGUGGCAACGCGGCCGCCCCACGGAGAUCUGAGGCCCGAGACGGGGUGGCACAAAGAGAGGAGGAGCAAGAAGAAGAGGGGGAUGAAGACCUCCGAGAUGGCGGGGUCCCCUUUUUUGUGAACCGGGGAGGGCUCCCCGUCAACGAGGCCACCUGGGAAAGGAUGUGGAAGCAUGUGGCCAAGAUCCACCCGGAGGGAGAGAAAGUCGCCCUGAGGAUCCGGGGAGCUACUGACCUAUCCAAGAUCCCUAUACCGAGUGUGCCUACGUUCCAGCCGUCCACCCUGAUCCCUGAGCGCCUGGAAGCCAUACAGCGCUACAUCAGGGAACUUCAAUACAAUCAUACUGGGACACAGUUCUUUGAAAUCAAGAAAAGCAGGCCUUUGACUGGGCUGAUGGAUCUAGCCAAAGAAAUGACAAAAGAGGCUCUGCCGAUCAAAUGUCUAGAAGCUGUGAUCCUUGGAAUUUACCUCACCAACAACAUGCCAACACUGGAGCGUUUUCCCAUCAGCUUCAAAACCUACUUCUCAGGGAACUACUUCCGCCAUAUUGUGCUGGGAGUGAACUUUGGGGGGCGCUAUGGGGCGCUGGGCAUUAGUCGGCGUGAGGAUCUCAUGUACAAGGCACCAACUUUCCGCACCCUGAGCGAACUCAUCUUUGACUAUGAGGAGGCAUACCGGCGCUGCUGGCACACCCUAAAAAAGGUGAAGCUUGGCCAGUAUGUGUCCCAUGAUCCACACAGCGUGGAGCAGAUUGAGUGGAAACACUCCAUCUUGGAUGUGGAAAAGCUGGGUCGUGAGGAAUUCCGCAAGGAGCUGGAAAGGCAUUCCCGUGACAUGAGACUAAAGAUCAGCAAAGGAACAGGGCCACCAUCACCCACCAAGGAUAGGAAAAAGGAUGUAUCAUCCCCACAGCGAAGUCAAUCCAGUCCACACCGUCGCAACAGCAGAACAGAGAGGCGACCAUCUGGAGAGAAGAAACCUGCAGAGCCCAAAGCCAUGCCAGAUUUGAAUGGUUACCAAAUCAGAGUGUAAAGAAUUUCCUACUAUUUGUGGACUACUCUCUGGCCAACAUUUUUGAACCAGUUCUAUCUGCAGGAUGCACAAUGCCAGAAGGGGAGGUGACACAGUGGGCACAAUGUCUUGUGUGUGUGUGGUUUCUCUCUCUCUCUCUCUCAAGGUUUUUUCCUGCAUUGUUCCCAGAGUUUUAGUCUGCAGCAUACCAUGUAUUCACUUGUCUGACAUCCAUGGGGAGAUCUUUUUUUAAUGGAGUGGUGAAACAAAACUUAAAGUAUCAGGCCUGCUAGUCUCAAGAUGGGGGGGGGGGGUCUAUACUCUAAAAGUCCUAAUGAGAAAAGGACUAUCUGAGCAACCUACUGGUCCAUGCAGAGCUGGAAGGCUUUUACUCUUUUCUAGACUCUUAAUGAACCUUUCUCUUUCUAAAACAAUGAAGUUAAUAUGGAAACCCCAGAAGAAUGCCAAGUGCAGCUGGGAAUAAACAAACAAGUGCUGAUCCUUGUAGAAGGAUUUCUGAAUUUUUACUGUCUUGACAAUUUUAUUUUUACCAAGAAGAGGAAGGGGCAAGAGACAACUGUAUCUUCACGUAUGCCCUAAGAAUCACUGACUUGAUGCUUAUGCUCCAGUUUCAAAUGAUGGUGUGCCUUGUACGAUGAGAACUUGCUCCCCCAUCAUAUAGCUCCAUCAGCCGGCCAACUGGCUCAGUCUCCAGGAAAUGGGUCUUUGAAGGAGGCAACUCAGGUGGCACCUGAAAAGUCAACUGAAGGACAGUGAUGGCUUCAUUGUCUAGUCAGCACAGUUUCCCAUUGCAAAAGAUGCAAGAGGAUUGGUUGGAGACCAGAUUUCUAUACCUUUACUUUCUGGUGCUGAUCUGUUAUUGAUUGAGCAUUCUAGCCUUUCAAGUGGCAGGUGCCAGAGGGAGAAAAAACAUAUCCCUCCAACUAGAUUCCAUAUGUAUGUCUGCCUUUUGAUGGUAAAACAAUGUCUUACUCUUUUUCUAGCAACAGACACCUUGCCGUAUUCCCUUACCAAGGUGUGUUUGUUCGUACUGUAUGAAGAUCACAUAUUAAUUAUUUUUAUUGCUUUGAAGAAUUGAGUUAUUUGGCUAUUGAUGUAUGAAGGAGGCUGGGGGGCACAUUAUUUUCUGUGUAGGGUCUGUCAUGUUUUGUGCUCCCUAGUCUUUCUCUCUCUCCCCUAGUCUUUCUCCCUAGUUCUUUCCCCUCUCUUCCUGACUUGUGCGACAUUUUAACAAUUGCAGGAUUUUCUUGAACUGGUCUGGACCAAAGUCUUGAACUGCCUUUCUCUUUGUCCUUUAUAUUUCAACAGUGAUGUUUCAUCUCCUUACUUUAAAAAAAUGAUAAUUUAAUAUGGUAGCUGGUUUUAGUAGAAGCCUGCUUACAUGUGGACACUUCGAAAUUAUAUCUCAAACUCGAUUCACAACUUUUUAUAACCAUUCUGAUUGGAGAGAAGUAUCUAAGUGAAAUUGCAUAGGGUUGUUGCAGGUUUUUCGGGUUGUAUGGCCAUGUUCUAGAAACAUUCUCUCCUGAUGUUUUGCCUGCAUCUGUGGCAGGCAUCCUCAGAGGUUGUGAGGUCAGUUGGAAACUAGGAAAAUAGGGUUUAUAUAUCAUUUUACCUAGUUUCCAACAGACCUCACAACAUCUGAGGAUGUCUACCACAGAUGCAGGUGAAACAUCAGGAGAGAAUGCUUCUAUAACAUGGCCAUACAUCCUGAAAAACCUACAACAACCCAGUGAUUCCAGCCAUGAAAGCCUUCGACAAUAUAUUGAAAUUGCAUAGAUUGAGGACUUCUUUAAAGUAGACAGUAAGGAUACAACCUUUUUGCCAAUUUGCAAUUUUUUAAAGAGGUAACGAGGGUCUGGUUUAAUAAAGGACAAAACUGAAAGGGGAGAUGGGGUUGUCUGGUCACGGCGUUAAAGGAAGCCUGUAUUAGGAAAAGGAAUGUGGUAAAUAGGUUGAGAGAGCUCUAUAGGGAAUGACAGACUUCACCCAUUCAAUGGAAAUAGUUAUACUGAUUGGGAAUACUGAUAUCUUAACAUUGUUAAAAGAGAAUGAAGAUCUACCAAGAGCUCAUGUAUUAUGUACAGAGGACCUGUGCCAUGCUUUCUACACAGUGUCUUGUUUCCCUGUUCAUCCUGGGCAGCUCAGGCUACAGCAUUUCAAUCAUCACAGGAAAUGUGAUUGCUUUCUUUCACUUUUCUAUUCUUCCUCAACCUCAAGUAAUAAUCAUUCUUUGUCUUUAAUUUGGCCGUCUUUUCACAAAAAGACAACUCUGAUCUUCCUCUCAUCUAGUGAGCAGCUAUGGUGUAAUUAAACACUUUCAGAAAUUAUGUGCUGUGGGUAUCUCUGGCUGGAGAAGCUGGGAGUAUUGUUGCUGAUCAGGAUGACGUUUUGUGUAUAUUGGGAAUGGGUGUGAAACAAUGUGAUGUGAGUUUCUAGUCCUGUCCUACUGAAAUUAUGAGACUUACCAGUGUGCUAACAUCAAGUGGAUGGAGGGAGGGUGGGGUAAAUCUACAAUUGAAAUAUUUAUGCUACAGAAAGUGCAUAAACACUUUUGAGCCAGGUGCAAACAUAUCAUGUAUGUCCACAAAGUAUUAAGAUGUUUGGAGCAUUGUUUAGGGCACUGUGCAUCAUGCUUGUGGCUAGUUCCUUUUUGUCUCUACAAGUAAAAAAAAUACCACUUUUCGAUAUGACUGGAUCAUAUUUAUAUUUAAAAAUUGAUAUUCUUUUUGUAGUUUACAGUGAACCUGAUUUUUGGAUAAUAAAUAGUGGAAACUACUGCAA